GAGUGAGGAUGAGGGGGCGAUGCCUGCCUGCUCCUCCUGGCUGGACGACAUGCUGAAGGCUGCCAGGAGAGACGCUGAUGCUGCCAAAGCGAAGCCCAGCCCCCCUCCGCCACAAAAAGCCCCAGUUGUCCCGAAGACUCCGGAGGCCCUGGUGAAACUUGACCUUGAGAAACAGCAGGAGUAUCGCAGACUGAAGGAGGAGAUCGCAAGAAGGGAGAGGAGUCGACUGGAAGGCUCCCAACCCUCCAGUGCUGCUGCCUCCCCUUCAGUGUCUGAUGUCGAGACUAGAGAAGACGAACAACCCCUUAAAGACAUCACAACACCGGAGGAACAGACUCCUCAAGACAAAACACAACUUAAAGACGUUGGUCCUCCCAAGACUGAUGAGUCAGAGUCUGGAGAAGUUAAGACGGAAGAGGAGAAAGGAGAAGACUUCUCGAAGGAGGAAGAGUUAAGGCAACGCCUUCUAGAGAAAAGUGUAACAGACUGGGAGGGGAGAGUGGAAAAACACAGUGACUCCGUGAGGAAAGACCAGCGACUUCUGGCUGAACUCUCCCGACAGGUCACCAUCAAGGAGGGCACUGUCAGGGCAGCACAGGUCAAAGUGCAGAAGCUAAAGGAGCAACUUCAGGCUGCUGAGAAGAUUUUGUCUGGCAGCCAGGCCCUCGUGAAGCGUCUGCAGGACCAGACUAGCACAGUACAGCAGAGGCUAGACCGGAAACAGGCCACACAGAAACAGCUACUACAGGCCCUCAACAAGGCUCGAAUUGCAGCAGGGAAAUCCCCGUCUUCCGUAACCCUAUCAGAAAUCUCCGUCACCCUGAAACGGAAACAACCUCUUCCGACCGAAGAAAAAUUAAACAAAAAAUCCAAGAUUGAGAGAACUGCUCAGCUGAGGAUGAGCCCACAGUCUAUAGUCUUAGAAAAGGAGAGACUCCAGAGACUUGAGCGAGAGUAUGCCGAGAAGAUAAGACAACUUAAAGAAGCUAUGGAGAGCAAGGCACCUCGAGUAGAUAAGGAAUCUGCCAAGGUGGAAGUUGAGAAGGAGAAUCUUCAACCCACAAACGUCUUACAACCUGUAGUAGACUAUACGCAAGACAAGAUCAGUCUUUCUUACACCAGUAGUGCGAAAGCGAGUAGUAGUAGUCUUGAGGUAGAUAAAGAACAAGGAACAGAAGACAACAAAAGUAAGAGAAGGAAGUCACUUUUGGAACUGAAUCCGAGCACGAAGCCGCAGUUACUUUCUCCCGAUAGAAGAAGAAGAAGUAGCGAACGUCUUAGACCUAGGACUCAAGAAAGCGAAAGUUCUCAAGAUGCUAAAAGUGAAAGUUCUCAAGACACUAAAAGUGAAAGUUCUCAAGACACUAAAAGGGAAAGUGCUGCUACACCUGAGGAAAAGACUUUAAAUGUGAGAUUACCUGCAGGCCAGGGAAUGGAGACAUUAAGACGUCUCCAGACAGAGAAGGAAAAGAAGUUGCCCUCCAUGUGCAGUCUUGCUAAUGUGCAGUUUCUUAAGGAGUACAGUGUCUUAGAAACACCAGUCUGCAAGGGCUUAAACUUGAGGUUUGACCCUGUGACCUCUGGCCCCACUGACCUGUCAGACGACCUUUUGCCCCUUCCCCUCCGACCUUACAGCAGCCACCUGCUCAACUUCAGGUCAUACAGGUUCAACCCCUACUACAGAACCAAGUCCAAGCUGCCCUUGACCUCUGCGACCUUCAGUCACAAGGUCAACCCGCAGCAGGUGAUCUGUAGGUUCCACCUGACGGGCACCUGUAACGAUGGGGACUGCAGAUGGCAACACCUAGCGGACGCCAUGUUUACAGGAGAGGAAGUUUAUCAGGACCUGCUGUCCUACCAUCUACCACUGGUGGGAGUCACUGACACUACAGACCCUGCCAAGUGCCAGCAGGCCAUAGUGUCAUACGUAGAGAAGAUCUGUAGACCAAACAAAGAGAAGAUGUCCGAGAAUGACCAGUGCCUGCUGCUUGUGAGUCAGGUGAACGAACACGCCAGACACGUGCCUCCCCACACCACCUUCCUGCAGCCUCGCGUCUGGAGACCUACGCAGGACCACAAGAAGGAACUGAGGGAAGAGGAGAAUGGAGAGGAAGAUAUCAGAAAGUUUGGAAAAGCUUGUGCACUCUGGAGACCUGCACAGGCACACAUGCAGGGACUGAGGGAAGAGGAGAUUGGAGAGGGGGAGGACAGAAAGUUUGGAAAAGGUAGUUACGAAACCUUUUUGCAGGUGAAUGAACACGCCCGACACGUGCCUCCCCACACCACCUUCCUACACCCCCGGGUCUGGAGACCUGCACAGCCACACAGGCAGGGACUGAGGGAAGAGGAGAUUGGAGAGGGGGACGACAGAAAGUUUGGAAAAGACAUCUUAAAAAAAGCCUCCCCACCUUCUGAAGACCAGGAGUUCCGGUACUUUGCCUCGGAAGGCGAGACAUUCGAGAGUCUUGAGGCAGCUGCCCUGAAGGAGCCUCAGAACUCAGACCUGUGGGUCGGGCUGGCACACAAGUAUCUGAAGACUGGCACAGGAGAUGAGAACUCCCGGCUUGACCAGGCCCUGAACGUGCUCUCCCGAGGUUUGGAGGCAAACGAGUGCAGCGAGGCCCUCUGGCUGCAGUACCUGGAACUGUACUCUCGGCGGUCGGGCAGGGACGAGACACUGGAGAUGUGCCAACAGGCCGUGGAGUUCGCUCCCUCCUACAGGAUCUGGUGGAAGUACCUGUCACUACAAGACACAGUGGAGGCAAAAGAGAACGUGUGCUGCCAGAUCCUGGAGUUCCUGAGGAGUCCAGAGUACUCCGGAGAAGCAGAGAGCUGCUCUCACUCACUCCUGGAGAUACUUCUGUACAGGAGUCAGCUGUGUGUGGUCAGCGGGCGACGGAGCAAGGCACUACCCUCCUGUACAGGACUCAGCUAUGUGUGGUCAGUGGGCGAUGGAGCAGGGCACUGCAGAUCCUACAGGUAA